AUGCAUCGGUGUAUCAUUAUUUCAAUAUUGAUUUCAAUAUCAAAUAUUAGUGCAUAUAUUGCUAUUGGUGGUGGUCCAUCUAGUCCUUGGGAUGCAAAUGCAACAUUUGAUCCAAUAGCUGGAUGGCCUACAAGAGAUUUUGGAAUGGUAUUAUCUACAGCUGCUAUUGAUAUGGGUGGAACAUAUUUAUUAAAUGCUCAAGAUAACGCACAAGUGAUUGUAUAUGGUGGUUCAUCAGCAGGACGUAUUGCAAAUAAAAUGUAUAAUGCCUCAACAAAUACUCUAUCAGCUUCAAAUGAAACGAUCCCUUUGAAUUGGCUACGAUAUACACCACCUAAACGCAAUCCAUGGAAAACAAUUCCAUUUAUUGAAAAUCAAUUCAAUUCAAAUGUUGAUAUUUGGAUAAAUAUCCCAUAUGGAGCGACAGAUGAUUAUGUAUUAAAUGUAGCACAAUUAAUGUUAAAUCAAUUAAAUCCAACAAUUAAUAUUUAUGUUGAAUUUUCAAAUGAAUUAUGGAAUUUUAUAUUUGCACAAGCUACAGCAAAUCUAAAAGCUGCAAAUGAUUCUGUUUUGAAUCAAGAUGAUCCAUUACGAUUAGCUUAUGAUAAUAGUUUAGAUUAUUUUAAUAAACUUUAUUGUCCACCAUCAACAUUUCUUCAUGAUAUUGCUAUUACUCCUUAUUUUGAUUUAUCACAAUAUAAAACAUGUAUACAAACAUUUUUACCUGAACGAGGUUGGAGUCAACGAGUACCAGUUGGCGUACAUGCUGUUUAUGCUGCUUGGUAUCGAUUAGCUGUUCAUGAUUAUGAAGGAGGUCUAGAUACAGCUGCAGCUUGGGGAGGUUGUUCAUUAUCAGCAAAAAGUAAUGCUACACGUGAUAAUCGUAUGAUUAAUUUGUGUGUAUCGUUUUUAAAUGGUUGGUAUCGAUAUGGAUUUCAACCAUUGAAUUGGUGGGUUACUGGAGCAGCUCAGAUAACAACGUAUGGUUCAUGGAAUUUACUAGAGGAUAUGAGACACGAAACAUUAAUGGAUACAACAGCAAUGUUUAAUUCAUCAUCACCUGUUGCACAACUUCUACGACCAUCAUCAAAAUUAAAAGCUAUUGAUCAAAUUCGUCAAAGAAAUACGGCAGUAUUUCAACCAACACCAUCAUUUCAAUUUAAUAUAAAUCCAACAAUUGUUCCAUCAAUAGUUACACUUCGUUUAAGAAAUAUUCGGGAUGGUUAUUCUAUUCGUCGUUUUGAUGUUGUAUCAACAACAACACAUUCAAUAUAA